GACCUCGCCCGCCCCGGAAGUGCAAACUGUGUGGUCUGGCUGGUGUGGAUUCCGCCGGUAAAGGCUGAAGGCAGCUACCUUAAAGAUGCCGGGAUCCGCAGCGAAGGGCUCGGAGUUGUCAGAGAGGAUCGAGAGCUUCGUGGAGACCCUGAAGCGGGGUGGUGGGCCGCGCAGCUCCGAGGAAAUGGCUCGGGAGACCCUGGGGCUGCUGCGCCAGAUCAUCACAGACCACCGCUGGAGCAACGCGGGGGAGCUGAUGGAGCUGAUCCGCAGAGAGGGCAGGAGGAUGACGGCCGCUCAGCCCUCCGAGACCACCGUGGGCAACAUGGUGCGGAGAGUGCUCAAGAUUAUCAGGGAGGAGUAUGGCAGACUCCAUGGACGCAGCGACGAGAGUGAUCAGCAGGAGUCCCUGCACAAACUGUUGACAUCCGGAGGCCUGAACGAGGAUUUCAGCUUCCAUUAUGCCCAGCUCCAGUCCAACAUCAUUGAGGCGAUUAAUGAGCUGCUAGUGGAGCUGGAAGGGACAACGGAGAACAUUGCAGCCCAGGCUCUGGAGCACAUUCACUCCAAUGAGGUGAUCAUGACCAUUGGCUUCUCCCGAACAGUAGAGGCCUUCCUCAAAGAGGCUGCCCGAAAGAGGAAAUUCCAUGUCAUUGUAGCAGAGUGUGCUCCUUUCUGCCAGGGUCAUGAAAUGGCUGUGAAUUUGUCCAAAGCAGGUAUUGAGACAACUGUCAUGACUGAUGCUGCAAUUUUUGCCGUUAUGUCAAGAGUCAACAAGGUGAUCAUUGGCACGAAGACCAUCCUGGCCAAUGGGGCCCUGAGAGCUGUGACAGGAACUCACACUCUGGCACUGGCAGCAAAACACCAUUCCACCCCACUCAUCGUCUGUGCACCUAUGUUCAAACUUUCCCCACAGUUCCCCAAUGAAGAAGACUCAUUUCAUAAGUUUGUGGCUCCUGAAGAAGUCUUGCCAUUCACAGAAGGUACAGAAGUUGUGUGUGCAUGCCUGCAUGUGUUGUGUGUAUUCGGGGUUUGUGUGUGCAUGUGUUUUGGUCUUUUUGUUGUUUUGUUGGUCAAUAGAACUGAAUGCUGUCAGGUUGUGUUUUUUAUCAUACUUCUUGUGCGGACUGUUUUCUUUAGCAGCUCAGAGUGCUUGAGGACCUGAUCAAGUCCAUGUUAAUUUGUUCUGAGACGAAUAUAUUUUAGAUUUAUUGGGGCUAUUGUGGGUUGGAUCAUCUAGCAUUGUCUGGGUUUGGCUUUGCAUGCUGUUUGAGAUAUAGACAACAACCAGUUGGGAAAAUGUACCUGUUUUCCUGCUAUAAGGAGCCAUUUUGGUGAAUUGACUCCCAAAGGAAGCAGGUUGUGAAAUGUUCCUCCUUAGAAAACUCGCCUGUAGCCUGGAUAGUCUCAUGUGUUGGGGUUCUUUUCUCUGGCUUCUUUUGAAGGCAGCAGCUCAGCUUAUUACGCCUGCAGCCUCAUCAGCAAGGGUGGCCUUACACACCCUCUGAGAGCAAUGCAUAGUAGUUGGGGUCCUAGUUCCUCUUGGAAGUUGAAUGACUUCAUCCCUUUAUUUAAAUAAACAUUCAGUCUUCAAGAAAUAGUUAUUGAGCACCUACAAUGUAUCCAGCACUCUUCUAGGCACUGAAGAUAUAACAAUGAAUGAAAAAGAUAAGGCCCUGUUCCCACACAUUCUAUUGUGGAAGACAGAUGAGAAAGUUUCAGGUCGUGGGAUGCCUGAGGACAAGCAAGGCUGAUGUGGUAGAAAGUGGCUAGGGGCCUGAGAUUGAGGAAGGGUCUUAAUGAGAUGACAUUUCAGCUGAGUCCUGAAUGAACAGAGUCCACCAUAUGAAGAUCAUAGAGUUUUCCACGAGCUGAUGCAGGGGCUUAGCCAGUUAGAAAAGGAUGGCCAUACAUGGCUAGACAGUAAUGAGCAAGGGGGAGAGUGGUCCAAAUUGUAAUUCAUGUGGUGUGGCAGGGAGGGCCCAGAUCUUAAACUUGAAUCCUGAGUUUGAAUUUUAUUCUAAGGGCUGUGCAGAGGCAUGGGAGAGUUGUAAGCAGGGAUUGUCAUGAUCUGAAGUCAUCUCUUCUGGUUUGCAUUUUUCCAUAGCUUCCCAUCCUUGGAGAGCUAAUAUGCCUGCAUUCUCAAGCCUGGAAACUAUAGGCUACUUAAUUAUGAGAGAGGGAGCCUCAGUUUUACCUUUAGUAUGUGUGCUUGCCUUUCAGGGGACAUUCUGGAAAAGGUCAGCGUGCAUUGCCCUGUGUUUGACUACGUCCCCCCAGAGCUCAUUACCCUCUUUAUCUCCAACAUUGGUGGGAAUGCACCUUCCUACAUCUACCGCCUGAUGAGUGAACUCUACCAUCCUGAUGAUCAUGUUUUAUGACCGACCACACGUGUCCUAAGCAGAGAUUGCUUAGGCAGAUGUAGAAUGAAAAGGAGACUUGAGUGUUGCUGCUGAAACACAUCCUUGCAAUGUGGGAGUGCACAGGAGUCCACCUAAAAAAAAAUCCUUGAUACUGUUGCCUGCCUUUUUAGUCACCCCGUAACAAGGGCACACAUCCAGGACUGUGUCUUGCCUUUCAGAUCUUAACAGAGCAGCAGGGCUUAACCUGUUGAUUUUGGAGCCUCUUAGUGACCUGGCUGCGUCUGUGUCAGGAACUUAAACUUUCUGGUUCAAUAGUGUGUUAAACAUAACACUGAAUACCUUGCUGGGAUACAGAUUUUUGCUCAGAAAUGGCUACGAUACUUCUUCUAGGCUCUAGCAAUAAAAGCCACUUGAAGGUUC